AUGGCUACCCUGGUCCUUGAUCUGCGCUCAUCCAACACAGUAACCCAUGUACAUGCACAUGCUAACGCCAUGAAUGAAUUCACAAAGAGAUCUGAGCUCUGCUUCCCCAUUUAUUUAAUCCAAUUCCAGGUGUAUGAAACAAUGUACACCAUUAAUUUCCCAUAUCGCAGACAGCUUCAAGUUGCACGAAUGCUUCUAUCAAAUCAAAAUUGGAGUAAAGAAUCCAUCAAAUCACCUUCUGUUUACAGGGUUGGAGGGAAUAAGAAGCAUAUAAAGAUCCCUCUCGUUACCAUACUUUCUCCUUCAAUUCGAGUUCCUAUAAACUCCAAUUUCCAAAAACCCCUUAAAGGCCUUGUUCCCAAGGAUUUGGCUGAUCGUCUUACCUCUUCCCGGAAUCAAAUUGCUCUACUAGCGCAACAAACUGAUGUAUCAGCUGUUCCUGAAUUGCUACGUGCAUUGGAGGAGUACUUACCAUUACUAAUUGGCCUCACUGAUCAAGAACUUGGUUUCCGAGAGCUCGUUGAAUUCAAAUGGAAAGGUUUAGACGAUCGACAAGAAAUAAGUGUUGCAGAUUCCUGGUUUGAAUUACUAUCUGUUGUUCAUAUGAUGGCGAUGCUGACAUUAAUGGAGGCAAACUCAAAACUAAUUCCUAAUCAAACUGUCACUACUGAAGAAGUCGAAUCUACAGAUAACAUCAGGUGUGCUGUCGACUUAUUGGUGAAGGCAGCUGGGUACCUUCAAUUCUGUCUUCAAGAAAUUCUUGUCCGAAUUCCACCUCACAUCAAGAUGAAGCUUCCUGUAGAUUUGCAGGAGAAUGUAAUUGAGGCCGCUUAUAUUCAAGCACUAGCACAGGGAACAGAAAUGCAGCUUGCUUCGGCUGUUGAAAGUAAAAACGCAACUUUAUCUGUAAAAAGAAGACUAGCAUGCGAGCAACUAAGCUAUUUCGGUCAGGCACACUACUGCUUGUCCACCUGUGACAACCUCAACGGAUACGGAAAAAAACAUCUAUCAUUUAUCAAAUGGAAGUACCUCGAAGCGAAGGCUGCAGCAUACUACUACCAUGGUCUAAUCACUGACAAGGGUAGCGAACCAUCGUGCCACAUCAGCGCUGUGUGUUGCUUUCUUGCAGCCGAAGCAAUAUUAACCGAGAGCAAGAAAGCAUGUUUGAACUUUUGCCUUACGCUUCCCAUAACAAGGGCUCCAACUGCAUGGGGUGCUAUGAAGCAUUUGAAUAAGAAGGUUCCGGAAACUGCAGCUAAAAAGUCUCAGAUGUACGCGUAUCUUUUAGAGCAAGAAAAGGGUUUGGAAGUGGUGCCCGAACUGCCCGAGUUUGAGUUGUCGUUAAAGGCGGAUGAGUAUGAAUUGCCAGAUAAAGAUGCAGCAUGGGAGAGUGAAGAAUGGAUGAUACCUAACCAGACACUUAGAAAUCACUUCACAGAUGAUGAAGGAGAUGACAAGUAAAAUCAUGUACAAGUAUGCACAUUUUGUGUAUAGAAAACAAUAUUUUAAGGCACAUGAAUGGUGUAUUAUUGAUAACCCGAAAUUGCCUGUUGCAUAUUGGUUCGAAUGUAAUUGAAAUUUAUGCAUGGUAAGUGUCCCUGUUUAAAUGACUUUGUGUAU